UCUAUACUAUGCAUGCUCUGUGUGUUUCUGAGAGAACAAGAGAUUAAAGGGUAAACGCUCAGGAGAUCUGGAAAGGGGAGGGGCUGAAUACCUUAUCACAUGUGGGACUGGGCCUCCAAUUACAAUAAGGAAAUUGCUAUGCACUAAGAAGAGAGAAGGACAACAAUUUGCUUGUCUGAGAAAAACUACAGCAAGAAGAGAGAAGUGUCAGAAACACAGCAGAGAAACUAGCAGCAUUCAGCAUGUCAUCUGAUCCGAGCACGAUGGAGGUACCCCCUCGACCUGAACUGUUUGAUUUCCAUGGAGUCCCAAUGACCCACUAUUUCACAGACAACUGGGAAAAUGUUCAAAACUUUCAGGCCAGACCAGAUGAUAUACUUAUUGCAACAUACCCCAAAGCAGGAACCACAUGGGUCUCCUACAUCCUCGACUUGCUGUAUUUUGGACAGACAGAACGUCAGAGAUCCGUCCCAAUCUUUGAGAGAGUGCCUUUCUUGGAAGUCCACUUCCUAUCUUUCGGUUCAGGAACUGAACUAGCAGACAACCUCCCCACCUCUCCUCGACUCAUCAAGACUCACUUUCCGGUCCAGUUUGUGCCAAAGUCCUUUUGGCAGCAAAACUGCAGGAUGGUCUACGUGGCCCGAAAUGCCAAAGACAACCUGGUGUCUUAUUUUCACUUUGACCGCAUGAACAUGGGUCAACCAGAGCCUGGAGACUGGAGCAACUACGUUCACAGAUUCAUGGAGGGAAAGAUGGUGUGGGGAUCCUGGUACGACCAUGUGAACGGCUGGUGGAAGAAGAAACAGACUUAUCCAAAAAUUCAUUACAUGUUCUACGAAGAUCUGAUUGAGGACACUGGACGGGAAAUAGACAAACUCUGCAGCUUUCUUGGUUUGUCUCGUUCAGAUGAGGAGAAGAAAAGAGUAGCAGGUGGAUCGCAUUUUGAUAAUAUGAAAAAGGACAACAUGGCCAACUAUUCUACGAUCAAAGUUAUGGAUUUCAAAAUUUCUCCUUUCAUGAGAAAAGGGAAAGUUGGUGACUGGAAAAACCAUUUCACUGUUUCCCAGAAUGAACAGUUUGAUGAAGACUACAAGAAAAAGAUGACGGAUCUCACACUUAAGUUCCGCACUGAAAUUUGAACAGGACUGGCCAGGCUGUGUACAUGUGGAGAUGGGUCCAUGACUGACUAGAAAUGUGGAUUUUCUUUGACAAAAUCAAGUUACGGAUGCCCAAUAGCAGAGGCAUAGAGUGUAUAGUCUUGUAAAUUAUCUGAAUUAAGGCUGGGAGCUAUAUUUUUUAAUGAAGCACAAUGGAAAUUAAAUGACUGAUCGUGUCUGAAGGUGAAUAUAAUAACAAUGUAUGUAUGGAAAACAUAAAAAUCCCCAAAUCCUUAAAAUCAAUCAAAUGUAUUCAUGUCAUGUCCACCAAAUGACCCACAUAUGUUAGUCUUUACGGUAUGUUAAUUUAAUUAAAUUGUGUAUUUAAAGAACAGCUGUAUGAAAACACCAUUUAGAUUGACACUCAAAAGGGACUUGUGUGAUCAGAAAUGUAAAUACAUUGGUUUUUAAUCAUAUCCAUAUUUCUGUAUUCGCAAUAAAAACAACAACAAAA